GGUGGUUGGGCCAUUUCGAAUAGGCAAGAAGUAAACGCGAUGAACAACGAGCUCAAGGCCAAAGUGGAAGCCUGCUGUCGCACGGCCGAAGACUUUACGCGUCUAUACUACGCCUCUUUGGAUAAUCGGCGCCAUCAAAUGGGUCGUUUGUAUAUAGACACGGCCAACUUUAGCUGGAACGGCAAUGGAGCUCAGGGGCGGGAGACAAUCGAAAGGUAUUUCUUGGAGUUGCCGUCGUCGCGUCAUCAGCUGACCACGCUGGACUCACAGCCCAUCCUUGACCCGGCUGUGGGUGGUCAGACCACGUAUAUCAUCUUGGCCAGCGGGACGGUCAAAUAUGCCGAACAGCAGAUGCGCACCUUUCAGCAAUCCUUUGUCAUAACCGCUGAGAAUGAUAAAUGGAAAAUCGCCUCGGAUUGUUAUCGACUGCAGGAGCCCAUAAAUUAGUGUCUAAUAUAUCUAGUUAUAACUAAUGUCAAGCAAAAAAGAAAAAGUUUAUUGAAUUAUGCUCUUAAAGCUAUUUUGCCCAUAGUAGGGCAUGUCAACACAACAAACAUAAUUAAGUGUAUUUACGUGAAGUAACAAAAACUCAAGGAUAAGACUAAACGAUAUAAAAACAAAAACCUA